GCUUGGGGCGUGGCUUCCCUGCAGCAGUCGGCGGAGCCGGUGGGCUUUUCCCGCAGUUCCUCAACGGCUCUGCGGGACGAUGGCGAGCGACGGGUCUCCGAGCGCGCCUCCGCGGCCGCUGCACUCAGCGCAGGCCGUGGACGUGGCCUCGGCCUCCAAUUUCCGGGCUUUCCAGAUGCUGCACUUGCACCUGGAUCUGCGGGUCGAGUUCGGGCCUCCGGGGCCGGGCCCCGGGAGCCGGGGUUUGAGCGGCACGGCAGUCCUGGAGCUGCGUUGCUUGGUGCCUGAGGGCGCCACCGAGCUGCGGCUCGACUCGCACCCGUGCCUCGAGGUGACGGCGGCGGCGCUGCGGCGGCAGCGGCCCGGCCUGGAGGAGCCGCCCUCGGAGCCCGUGCCCUUUCACACGCAGCCCUUCUCGCACUACGGCCAGGCCCUGUGCGUGGCCUUCCCGCAGCCCUGCCCGGCCGGCGAGCGCUUCCAGCUUCUGCUCACCUACCGCGUCGGGGAGGGACCCGGGGUUUGCUGGUUGGCUCCUGAGCAGACAGCAGGAAAGAAGAAGCCUUUUGUCUAUACCCAGGGUCAGGCUGUCCUGAACCGGGCCUUCUUCCCUUGCUUCGACACUCCUGCAGUGAAAUGCAAAUAUUCAGCACUUAUUGAGGUCCCAGAUGGCUUCACAGCUGUAAUGAGUGCUAACACCUGGGAGAAGAGAGGUCCAAAUAAGUUCUUCUUCCAGAUGUGUCAUCCCAUCCCCGCCUAUCUGAUAGCUUUGGCCAUCGGAGAUCUGGUUUCGGCUGAAGUUGGACCCAGGUAGGAGACAAAGACCCCCACAGGCAAGGUUGGACUGACCUUGAGGCAAGGAGGCCUCUGCUCAGUGGCCCAGCUGGGAUGGUUCUUGGGACAGUCUUGCAUCUGCUCUCAAUGGACAGCCUCUCUGCGGCCUGGAAGCGAAGCGUGUGGCGUGAGUACAGCGGGAGGAAGGGCUCUCCCCGCCCCGCUCCCCCUCCGCUUCUCAUCCUGCUGUCUGAAAUGAGGUCAUCAGUCCUGCUAACAGCAGUAGCUGCUGUCCUGGGCCACCUUGUGGAGUGCGGUUGGCACCGAAGCAGAAGUUUUAGAAGACUCAUCUUUAUCACUAUCUUUUAGUUCUGAAUUCCCUUCUAGCUGUUAUAUUUGCUUUUUAAUCUUUGUACCAAAUCUCCCCAUUUUCUCCAGCACAUAAUUCCCGGAAAUAUACAACUUUGAUCUCAUUGUUCCCCUCUGCAGAGAGGAAAGUGGGACAUCCUUCUUUGUCUGCUCCAGAUACAUACACCUGAACCCAUGGUGGCAGAGAUACCGCCGUGAAAUUAGAUGGGUUUAACGGAGAUGAAUAAGGAUUUUGUAAGGUUUCCUGCUAAAAGAAACUUGACCAGGAGUGUCGGUUUUUCCUGGCUCUCGUAUUAUCUGCCAGUACAGCAUAAUCCUGCAGUAAAAUGAUCAAAGGCUGGACAGUGAGCUGUGGCGCUUUUCCCGGCUCUGCUGCUGCAGCCCUUCUCUCAGGUCCUGGAGGCGGUGGUGACCUUGACCGCAUUGGUUACAGGCAUCAGACCUCAUAGCCGGGCUCAGUAGCACUGCUAAGAUCAUGAAUCUGAGUUCCUGGGCUUCAGAGAGAAGGAGAGAUGGGAUGCCAUUGGCAUCUGCUUCCAGCACACACACUGAACACAGUACCAGUUUUGAAAGACCAGGUGCUCUCCUGCCACGAAGGGCAGUCUUUCUGACAGAGUGGGUCGUACGUAACCAAAGCAGCGUCAGCGUUGCAGUUGACCGGAAAGUAAAUAAGUAAAGGAAUGUUAUUUUAGAGAAUUGAGUCUUACUAAGGUUCUGUUAGUAAGAGUAUGAACUAUUUAUUUAUUUAUUUAAUUUGAUUUUUUUUUAAGAUUUUAUUUAUUUGCGAGAGAGAGAA